AUGGACAACAGCGGACCCCUCAGAGGGAUUAUAAACUGCAUAUCAGGAGGAUACGCAGGAGGAGGUGAAACAAGCUCGGCACGAAAAAGAAGCUACCGAGCAAUGCUAGCAAUCGAAGGAACAACUAAACACAGCACAACCGAGCCGGAGAUAACUUUUUGCCAAAACGAUCUAGCAAGCCCAAACCUCGAUGACCUAGUGGUAAUAUCCAUCCAAAUAGGAGAGCUACUGGUACAAAAUAACAUAGCAACAGUACAUUCAGACCGACAACAAGCUCGGCAAUGCUACAAUGCCAGCCUAAAGAAAACCAGCACAGAACAACGGACAAGCAAUGGGACAAUAACACCCACAACAUCCGAGGUCUUAAUGCUUGCAGAUCUAGACCCUAGGGAGGAUUUCAUGGAACGACCGCAACCAAUAGACGAACUCCAAAAGGUCCCACUAACAACAACAGCCGAGCAAUUCACCUACAUUGGACGAGCAUUAGAAGGAGAGGAGAAAAGUAAGCUCAUAAAAGUGCUCCGGGACAACGCCGAUCUAUUCGCCUGGAAGCCAGCAGACAUGCCGGGAAUAGACCCAAAUGUAAUCUGCCAUAAGCUCGCCAUAGACAAUGCAAGCAAGCCAGUAAAACAAAAGAAGCGAAACCUCGGAGCCGAAAAAGCAAAAGCAGCUUUGGAGGAAACCAAAAAGCUCCUACACGCAGGGUUCAUCAAAGAGCUCCGCUUCACCACAUGGCUCUCAAACGUGGUAAUGAUUCUGAUGCAUCCAGAGGACCAAAGCAAAACGGCUUUCAUAACAGAGCACAGAAAUUUUUGUUAUAAAGUUAUGCCUUUUGGUCUUAAGAAUGCAGGAGCAACAUACCAACGGCUAAUGGACAAAGUUUUCCAACAACAAAUAGGACGGAAUAUAGAAAUAUACGUGGAUGACAUGGUGGCAAAAACCCCAUCACAGGGAUCACACUGCGAGGACCUACAUGAAAUUUUCCAACAGAUCCGAGCAUAUAAUAUGAGGCUCAACCCAGAAAAAUGCGCAUUUGGAGUCCGAGGAGGGAAAUUCCUUGGAUUUAUGCUAACCUCGCGAGGGAUAGAGGCUAAUCCAGAAAAAUGUGAAGCCAUCCUUAACACGAACAGCCCAAAGACAGUCAAGGAGGUCCAGCAAUUAGCAGGACGAGUUGCUGCCCUGUCCAGGUUCAUUCCAGCAGUAGCAAAUCGAUCAUAUCACUUUUUUCGAACAAUUUCAAAGAACAAAAAAUUCAACUGGACAGAGGAAUGCGAGCAAUCAUUUUCAGAGCUCAAACAAAUACUAUCUUCACCACCCAUCCUUCGAAAGCCAGAGCUCGAGACCAGAUACCCAAAAAUACAACAACUCGCACUAGCCCUAGUCACAACAGCAAGAAGACUGAGGCAAUAUUUCCAAAGCCAUGUCAUAAUCGUAAGAACAAAUCAACCACUGCGACAAAUCCUGACCAAGCCCGAGCUAGCUGGACGUCUGACCAAGUGGUCCAUCGAACUCUCCGAGUACGACAUACAAUAUCAACCUCGGAAAUCCCCAAGACUACAAAUACUAGCCGACUUCCUUUCCGAACUAACCAACGAGGAUAUACAAGCGGAACAAAAUUGGAGCCUAUACGUAGAUGGAGCUUCAAAUAAGGAGGGAAGUGGCGCUGGUGUAACACUAAAAGAAGGAGAACAUGUUAUAGCCGAGCAAUCACUACAAUUCACUUUUGCAGCAAGCAACAACCAGGCAGAAUACGAAACUCUUCUAGCCGGACUAAAGCUCGCCCAGGACUUACACAUACCCCAUCUUACAGUAUACUGCGAUUCACUACUCGUCGUUCAGCAGAUCAAAGGCGAUUUCCAGGUAAAAGAUCCUUCGUUAGAAAGGUAUUGGCUUCUAACGAAGGAUCUUAUUAAAAAGUUUGAUAAGUUUGACAUAAUACACAUAAACAGAGAACAAAACACACGAGCUGAUAUAUUAUCCAAACUAGCUACCACUAGAUCACACUUACACACACCAACACUUUCACAACUAACGCUUGAAAAACCGAGCUUUGAAACUCACGACAUAUUGAGCAUUACACAGGAAAAGGAUUGGAGAACACCAUUUAUCGAAUACAUCACCACAGGAGUCAUCCCGGCAGACGAGCAAAAUGAAAAACUCAUUCGAAGAAGAGCCAGCUAUUAUACAAUCCUCGGAGAAAACCUGUACAGGAGAGGACUUUCACAACCUCUCCUAAAAUGCCUCAACAAAAGCGAAUCUGAAACAGUAAUGGCAGAGACGCACGAAGGCAUCUGUGGAAAUCACAUUGGAGGCCAAGCAUUAUCCACAAAGAUACUAAGAGCAGGGUAUUAUUGGCUAACAAUGAAACGAGACUGUAUAGCCAAAGUACAAAAAUGUGACAAUUGCCAAAAGCACUCCACAAUAUCCACAACACCAGCAUAA